AUGAUCAAACCUAGACCAUCAGUUGAGCAGAUGUCUUCAGUGGUUGCUCCUGCUAAAGAAUCUAAUGCAAUGGGAACCAAGGAAGUGGAGCUUAUACUUAUAAAGGAACAAAAUGGAGUUCAGUUUACUAAUUCUGUACUGGUGAACUCAUCCCAGACAAAUCCUGACAUUGAAGAGAGAGAGACCUGGAGUAAAAAAAUUGAUUUUCUUCUUUCUGUUAUCGGAUUUGCUGUGGACUUAGCGAACGUUUGGAGGUUUCCCUACUUAUGUUACAAAAAUGGAGGAGGUGCAUUUCUCGUGCCAUACUUGUUUUUUAUGAUAAUUGCUGGAAUGCCUCUCUUCUACAUGGAAUUGGCUAUAGGGCAAUUCAAUAGAGAAGGAGCUGUUGGAAUUUGGAAGAUAUGCCCAAUAUUCAAAGGUGUUGGCUUUACAGUCAUUCUUAUAUCAUUAUACGUGGGCUUUUUCUACAAUGUUAUCAUUGCGUGGGCCAUCCAUUAUCUGUUCUCCUCAUUUACAUCAGAACUGCCUUGGAUUCACUGCAACAAUUCAUGGAAUAGCCCUAACUGCUCAGAGACAAGAUAUAACAAUUUCAGUGACUCUGGAUAUUCCUAUAUAAAUUAUAGUUAUAAAGUGACACCUGCUGCAGAAUACUUUGAGCGGGGUGUUCUGCAUCUUCAUGAAAGCACAGGAAUCAAUGAUUUAGGCCUGCCUCGCUGGAACCUUACAUCUUGUCUAAUUGUUGUGAUCGUAUUCCUUUAUUUCAGCUUAUGGAAAGGAGUGAAGACUUCUGGGAAGGUGGUGUGGAUUACAGCUACAAUGCCAUAUGUUGUCUUGACAGCAUUGUUACUUCGUGGCAUUACUCUUCCAGGAGCUAUAGAUGGAAUAAAAGCUUAUUUAAGUGUUGAUUUUCUUCAGCUUUGUAAGCCUUCGGUUUGGAUUGAUGCUGCCACUCAGAUCUGCUUCUCACUCGGUGUUGGGUUUGGUGUGCUAAUCGCUUUUUCCAGUUACAACAAGUUUACAAACAAUUGCUAUAGAGAUGCAAUCAUCACCACCUCAGUGAAUUCUUUGACAAGCUUUUUCUCUGGUUUUGUCAUCUUCUCUUUUCUUGGAUAUAUGUCGCAGAAACAUAAUGUACCAAUUAGUGAUGUUGCAAAAGAUGGGCCUGGAUUGAUAUUUAUAAUCUACCCUGAAGCUAUAGCUACUCUUCCACUUUCCUCCGUUUGGGCAGUUAUAUUUUUUAUAAUGCUUCUUACACUUGGAAUUGACAGCGCUAUGGGAGGAAUGGAAUCAGUAAUAACAGGGCUCCUUGAUGAAUUCAAGAUCCUACAUAGACAUCGAAAGCUUUUUACACUUUUUAUCGUCCUUUUUACAUUCUUCAUAUGCCUCUCCUGUGUAACCAAUGGUGGAAUUUAUGUUUUUACUCUGCUUGAUCAUUUUGCAGCAGGUACCUCAAUUUUAUUUGGAGUACUCAUUGAAGCUAUUGGAAUUGCAUGGUUUUAUGGAGUUAGUCGUUUCAGUGAUGACAUAAAGGAAAUGAUUGGAACGAGACCAGGACUUUACUGGAGACUUUGUUGGAAGUUUGUCAGCCCUUGUUUUCUCCUGUUUAUGGUUGUUAUCAGCAUUGUAUCCUAUAGUUCUCCAAAGUAUGGAAACUAUACAUUUCCAGAAUGGGCAAAUGUGAUUGGCUGGUUAAUUGCUGUAUCAUCCAUGGCAAUGGUACCUAUUUAUGCCAUAUAUAAAUUUUGUACUCUUCCUGGAUCCUUUCGAGAAAAAAUUGCUUAUGCCAUAACUCCUGAAAAAGAAUAUGAUCUAAUAGAAAGAGGAGAAGUGCGUCAGUUUACUGUAAGUUAUUUUCUAUAUUAUACUAGAGACUUUAUGAACUGA